AUGGCGUUAUCUCUCUCCGUCACACCUUCAUCUUCAUCUUCCCCAACUCCUAAUUUCAAAACAACCCAUCUGAAUUUCGCUUCCCAGAGAAGGAUCCACGCCAUUAGUCCUCUCCUUAAACCCUUCCAUUGUCUUCAAUUAUCCUCACGAGACCUAAACCCGUCUUCAUUCUCAAUCUCAGCUAUAGCCUCCUCUUCUUCUUCCUCACAAACCACAGAGCUCGUACCUCAUAAGCUCCAGAGAUUAGUCAGAGAAUUCAAAUCCUUAACAGAGCCAAUCGAUCGGCUCAAAUGGGUUCUCCGUCACGCGAAUCUCAUUCCUCGGAUGCCCGACUCAUCUCGCACCGAGUCGAACCGAGUCAUGGGCUGCACGGCUCGCGUCUGGCUCGACGCUGAGCUAGGUCAAGACGGAAAGAUGCGGUUUUCGGCGGACAGUGACUCAGAUGUCUCCAAAGGGAUGUGUUCUUGCUUGAUCCAAGUGCUUGAUUCCGCUACGCCUGAAGAAGUUUUGGAAUUGAAGACUGAGGAUUUGGCUGAGCUUAAUGUUGGAUUGCUGGGAAGUGAGAGGUCGAGGGUUAACACGUGGCACAAUGUUCUUGUGAGUAUGCAGAAGAAGACGCGACGGCUUGUGGCGGAGAGAGAAGGAAAAGCUCCUUCCUUUGAGCCGUUUCCUUCAUUGGUUUUGACUUCUGAUGGCAUUGAGGCUCAAGGAAGCUUUGCUGAAGCUCAGGCGAAAUUUUUGUUUCCGGAGGAGUCAAGAGUUCAACAACUUGUCAAGGUGCUGAAGGAAAAGAAGAUCGGAGUGUCUGCUCACUUCUACAUGGAUCCAGAAGUGCAAGGAGUCUUGACUGCUGCUCAAAAGCAUUGGCCACACAUCCAUAUAUCUGAUUCUCUUGUCAUGGCAGAUGCAGCUGUCAAUAUGGCGAAAGCCGGAUGUCAGUUCAUAGCAGUUCUUGGUGUUGAUUUCAUGUCCGAGAACGUCCGUGCCAUUCUAGAUCAAGCAGGGUUUGGAGAGGUUGGUGUAUACAGAAUGUCAAAUGAGACCAUUGGAUGUUCUCUAGCUGAUGCUGCUUCUGCUCCUGCUUACUUCAACUAUCUCGAAGCUGCUUCUACUACGCCGCCUUCAUUGCAUGUUGUUUACAUCAAUACAGCUCUUGAGACGAAAGCUUUCACUCACGAGCUUGUACCUACCAUCACUUGCACUUCAUCUAACGUUGUACAGACGAUUCUACAGGCGUUUGCGCAAAUCCCGGAGUUAAAUGUUUGGUACGGUCCUGAUUCUUACAUGGGAGCGAAUAUUGUAAAGCUAUUCCAGCAGAUGACAUUGAUGACUGAUGAAGAAAUCGCCAGUAUUCACCCUAAACACAACCUAGACUCCAUUAAAUCAUUGCUUCCUCGUCUUCACUUCUUCCAGGAAGGAACGUGUAUUGUACAUCAUCUUUUCAAUCACGAGGUAGUGGAGAGGAUAAAGUACAUGUACUGCGACGCCUUUCUCACUGCGCACCUCGAGGUUCCAGGUGAGAUGUUUUCAUUAGCAAUGGAAGCGAAGCAGAGAGGAAUGGGUGUUGUUGGAUCCACGAAGAACAUACUAGACUUCAUCGAGCUUAAAGUUCGGGAAGCAGUGGACAGGAAUGUCGAUGACCACCUACAGUUUGUGCUAGGAACAGAGUCGGGUAUGGUAACAUCUAUAGUCGCGGUGAUCAGGAGCUUGGUAGGCUCUUCUUCUGCUAACUCGAAAGUGAAGGUCGAGAUAGUGUUUCCUGUAUCUUCAGACUCCAUGUCGAAAACGGAAGGUUCAAGCUCGGUUAAGCUCGGUGAUGUGGCUUUACCGGUUGUACCGGGAGUAGCAAGCGGUGAAGGUUGCUCUCUUCAUGGCGGUUGUGCAUCGUGUCCAUAUAUGAAGAUGAAUUCACUGAACUCGCUCUUGAAAGUUUGCAACAACCUACCUGAUGUGGAGAAUGUGAUCGGAGGAUUCAAAGCGGAGAGAUUCAAAAGACAGACUCCUCAAGGAAAGCUUAUCGCGGAUGUCGGGUGUGAGCCAAUACUUCACAUGAGGCACUUCCAAGCGAAGAAGGAGCUACCAAUGGAGCUUGUUAACGAUGUUUUAAGCCGUGAGAGCAAGAGAUGA